AUGACCUCCGGCCAAGGUGUCUUUAUCCUUAAGUUUCAAGACAUUGAUGGAGUUAUGAGAGCUGUGGAAGAGGGACAACUAACCAUUGCAGGGCAGCCAUUCCUUGUUAGGAAAUGGACUACAAAUCUUCCAAUGGUAAUCAAUGAUGUCAAAAAGGUUGCUAUUUGGGUUAGAUUGUAUGGCAUACCUCUUGAAUUUUGGACCCCAAAAGGUCUUAGCUACAUAGCAAGUGCAAUUGGAAAUCCUCUUUAUGUGGACUCCAUAACUGAAGAAGGGACAAGGCUGGACUUUGCAAGAAUUUGUAUAGAGGUAAAGGUGGAUGCGGAAUGUCCUGAUUCAAUAUGUUUAGCUUUGCCGAAUGGAGAAUCAGUGAUAAUCCAAGUGGAAUACACAUGGAAACCUAUUAAAUGCAAGGGAUGUCAAUGUUUCGGUCACACCACAGCAAGUUGUUCUCUAGCACCAAAGCAAAAUGUUGUCUCUAUCCCACGGAAAACUCCAAAGGAAGGGGCUGGAAGAGUGCUCCCUGUGAACUUUAAUGGGAAAGACAAACUAGAGCAAGUAACAAAAGACUUUGACAAUAAAACCAAAGGUAGAAAGAUGGAGGUGCAAAAGCUGGAGGGGAAAACUUUGCUAACUCAUAAGAAUAAUAGAUUCUCUGCAUUAACUAUAAAGGAGACUCAAGAACUUGGAAAGGAGAAUAUAAUUCUGAUUGAGGAAGGAAAGCAUGGGAUUUCCACUGGUGAUAGUGAUGCCAUAAUGGAGGGUAAGAAAUACACUACAUCGGCAGCAAAUGAGAAAGCUCAAGAGAAUGACGAAAGCUCCAAAAGCAGCACUAAAAAUGCAACUGGAGGGGAUGACUCGGACCAAGUUGCCUCUCCUAUGAUGCUUUCUUUUGGAGGGAAACUAAGAGUGGAUGAGAUGGACUUUAAAAAAGAAGAUGCUGAUUUGAAAAGUAGGAACUUGGGGAAGAAAGCGGCAAAGCAAAGAAAAGAAAAUUCCACUCCCAUCCCAUCCAAAUGA